AUGAGCGCACCACCUCUCGCUGAGACAGAACCUAUUCAAAAUGGCAAAUCUUUCUACAAUCGCUAUGAAGAAGAGCUUUCUAGUACUGAAGAAAUUGCAUCAGUAAUAGAGGAGGAAAGAGAAGGAUUGGACUACAGUAUACAGAAUAAUGAGGAGACAUUACAGCAAGAUGAUGUAGUCGGUAUUGCACAGAAAUCGGUACGAGAUCCAUCUAUCGAGGAAGAUGCUCGGGUUACUCAGCUUCGUAAUGAGUUUAUAAGCCAUCUCGUUUCGAAAGAUAUUGACUUUAGAGAAAUCGACCAAAUGUUCAGACGAAUGGUUGAAGAUCCUGCAAAUUCGAGGCUUCCACUCGGAGCUCUCGAGUUUCUGCCCGGCAUAACACAAGGUUUGAUACCACAUAUAAACUGGCUCCAAGAUAAAAACAAGUUUCUAACAAAGAGUGUGGAGGAUUUGCAGAAGAGUGUACAUUGGCAUCAGGAGAAGUAUAAUCAACUAGACGCCAAAAAUGAGGAUCUAAGAAGGAAUGUUGUCAAGAAGGAGGAAUUGUAUACGAGUAUGAAAGUAGAGAAAGAGAGCUUAGAGAAGCAGCUGAAUGAAAUCAAAAAUGGGGUGGCUUCAGAUUCUGAUGAUCAGGGGCCGAGAAAGAAACGCAGCCGUAAAGAAUAA